GUCCAGGUUAAAGUUCCACAGCGUUUGUUAGGUUCACAGGAGCAUCACGAGAGACAGGAGCUGGAGGAGUGUUGCCACAUUUAAAGUAAUAAAACGUAGCAAAGAAAGAUAAACAAGACCAGAGAGGUGUAUACUUUGACUCAAAGUCUUGACAUGGCCACCCCUACAGCCACCGAUGUGGAGCAAGAAAAAGCAGCUCCUGCUCAGGAUGACAUGGAGCCGCAGCUGAGAUACCGCCUGGAGCGCCCGGUCUACGAUGAAGCCAACAUACGUUCGCAGCUUCUUCAUUGUAAAGACAAGAACUCUACCACUGCCCGACAGAGACUGUUACAGCAUCUCCGGUGUUCUUCAAAGAGGGCCAAAGCAGCAGUUCUGAGCUUUCUGCCUAUUCUAACAUGGCUGCCAACCUAUCCAGUCAAGGAGUACCUACUUCACGAUGUGGUCUCGGGUCUCAGCACUGGAGUUGUGCAGCUCCCUCAGGGUCUAGCCUAUGCCAUGUUAGCCGCUGUACCUCCAGUUUAUGGUCUGUACUCCUCGUUUUACCCUGUCCUCCUCUACACCUUCUUUGGCACAUCCAGGCACAUAUCUAUAGGUACUUUUGCUGUCAUAAGUCUGAUGAUUGGCGGUGUUGCUGUGAGGGAGGCUCCAGACUCGAAGUUCUACUCUCUGCCAGCCAAUGGCACCAACAUGUCUGCCAUCUUGGAUGUAGAGGGUCGUGAUGCCAGGAGGGUCCAGGUGGCUGUGAUGCUCACAACAAUGGUGGGAAUUUUCCAGAUUGUUCUAGGUCUUUUCAGGUUUGGCUUUGUGGUGAUCUACCUCACAGAACCUCUUGUGCGAGGCUUCACCACAGCAGCUUCUGUGCACGUUGUCGUCUCCCAGCUGAAGUACCUGCUAGGGGUGAAGACGCAACGCUUCAGCGGCCCGUUCUCUGUGAUUAAUAGUGUCAAAGCGGUAUUCAGCGUCAUCACCAGCACCAACAUCAGCACUCUCAUCAUGGGCCUCAUUUGCAUCAUCUUCUUAUAUGGAAUCAAAGUAAUCAAUGAACGCUUUAAAAAGAAACUGCCCAUGCCCAUUCCUGGAGAGCUUAUUGUGGUCAUCAUAUCAACUGGUGUCUCAUACGGUCUCUCUAUGUCGGAGGACUACAAAUUGGAUGUGGUCGGUAAAAUACCAACAGGGCUCCUUCCUCCUGCUGUUCCAGAGUUGUCACUGAUACCCAGUUUGGUUGCAGAUGCCUUCGCUAUUGCAGUUGUAGGAUUCUCAAUGGGAAUCUCUUUGGCAAAGAUUUUUGCCCUGAAGCAUGGCUACAGUGUGGAUGGAAACCAGGAGCUGUUUGCCCUCGGUCUGUGUAACUUCAUCAGCUCCUUCUUCCACACGUUCACUGUCACUUGUUCGAUGUCAAGAAGUCUUGUGCAGGAGAGCACUGGGGGAAAAACACAGAUUGCAGGUUUGCUGUCGUCUCUCGUUGUGCUGGUGGUGGUGGUGGCUAUUGGUUUUAUUUUCCAACCACUGCCUCAGUGCGCACUGGCAGCCAUCAUCAUGGUGAACCUGAUAGGGAUGUUUAAACAGUUCAGAGAUAUUCCUACUUUGUGGAGGGCGAGCAGGAUUGAACUGGCGAUUUGGUUGGUGUCCUUCAUGGCCUCUGUACUCUUGGGUCUAGAUUACGGCUUAUUGGUGGCCAUCAUGUUCGCUAUAUUAACCGUCAUCUACAGAACCCAAAGACCUAAUACUGCCAUCCUGGGCCAUGUUCCUGGUACAGGGCUGUACUAUGACGUGGAUGAAUAUGAAGAGGCAUUGGAGUGUGCAGGGAUUAAAAUUUUCCACUCCAACUCUUCAAUCUACUUUGCCAACUGUGACCUUUAUGUGAACACCCUCAAAGAGAAGAGCGGUCUAAACCCCAGCCAUCUGCAAGCUUCCCGACAAGCCCUGAAAAAAUCAAAGAAGGAACACGCCAGUCCGAAUUCUCAAGUAACAUUCACACAUGCCAAUCACAUUGUUACUCAUGAGGUUUUGUCCUACAACCACGUGGAGGAGGAACCGAGGAACGGCCAUUUAGAAAAUGGACAAAACACAACAGACUUGGAGCAGCAUGUCUUUCUUGAGCCUGUGAGCCCGGUUCAUUCUAUCAUUUUGGACUGGACACCUGCCAGCUUCAUUGACUCUGUGGGAGCCAAGGCCAUCAAACAGGUUAUCAAAGAAUAUGCGGCGGUUGAUGUUCGGGUGCUCAUUGCUGGAUGUAGCAGAACACUGGUGGCUCAGCUGGACACUUUGCAGUUCUUCAAUGGAGUCGUGACCCAGCAGAUUGUCUUCCCAACCAUCCAUGAUGCUGUACUGUAUUGUCAGCACACAACCCUGGCCAAUGAAACCAGCUGUUACAUCACUGAGGUCUAAUCGUAGGAAUGUCCAGACUUGGAGCUGCGAAUCUGUGCACCUGUGGUGAACUUGUCUCCAUGGGUGAGAUAAAGUUAACAGUGAUUCAUAUUGAAUAGGUUUUGACAUGAAGCACUCCUGAUGAUCUGAUCACCUCCUGAGGUGGUGAGACCAAACAGUUCUGAGGAUUCUGUUUCAUUUGGUCAUGUGGGUCACAAAACAAU